AUGCUACUCUCAAAGAAGUCACCUCUCUUCUUCGCCACUGCUUUGGUACUUUCUCUCGCUACCAUAGUACAUGCUCAGGCAAACACUGCCUCCGUUGCGGGAGCGGCGACGACCUCUGCACCAUCCAUGACUACAUCGAGCGCCGUCGCAUCGAGCACGGACGUUGUCGAUCCUUGCCUUGCCCAAUGUGCCCAGACAUCUGCCACCAAAGCAGGAUGUGCCAACGCCGACGAUACUACUUGCGUAUGCAAGUCGCCGACUUUCAAGACCGACUUUAUGACAUGUCUUCAGACCACUUGUACCCCUGCUGCCGCAGCCCAGGCUCAGGCCCUUGGAGCGAGAAAGUGUUCCGCAGCCUCUGGUGCUCCCCCAGUGGCUGGCGGCCCUCGUACGAACGUCGCCUCCGCGGGUGGCAGCUCCGUUAACAAAGCGAGCUCUACCAUGCAUCCCACGAGGCCAGCUACUCGGAUUGCGACUUCUACCGCGACGAAGAGCACGGCGCACAGCUUCGCCAAGUCGGCUGCAACUGCUAUCGAGCUCAACGACAUACUGAGUGUCGCUCUAGGAUUCAUGGGUCUUGCGCUUGGAGUUGUGCUUGUUUGA